GUGUGAUCUCUUUCUCUCUCUCUGUUACAUUUGAUAUCCACCUCACAGCUGUGCACACCAUUGCUCAUUUGUUUAAUCUGGAAUGGUUCAACAACAGCAGACAAGGAAAUUAUGACGUCCUCAGCACUGAGCUCUCUGAGAUUGGAGAUAAACCUAAUGAAUCCUUUUUGAAUCCAAUCCGCUCCACUAACACAACACCAACACAUGUGGCAUUUGUCACUAUCGCUGGACUUACAGGGGUCAUCAUCACCCUGGCCCUCAUCCUUAUGAUCACUUCAUCUAUGGAAGUAAUCCGGCGCAGCUAUUAUGAAGUCUUCUGGUACACCCACCACCUUUUCAUCAUCUUUUUUGCUGGGCUUGUGUUCCAUGGUGCUGGACGUAUUGUUCGAUCUCAGACAGAAGAGAGUAUGGAGCAUCACAACUAUGUGUAUUGUGCCAAUCGAUCCUUAGACUGGGGGAAAAUUCCUGAGUGCCCCAUACCCCAGUUUACUGGAGGACAGCCAGCGACAUGGAAGUGGGUUCUUGGACCAAUGAUCAUUUACAUUUUUGAAAGACUACUCCGAUUCUAUCGAUCCCAACAGAAUGUUAUUCUGCGAAAGACUGUAAUCCACCCUUCUGAUGUGCUGGAAAUGCAGCUGGUCAAAAAGGGCUUCACCAUGGAGGUUGGACAGUACAUCUUCUUGAACUGCCCGUCAAUCUCCAGACUGGAGUGGCACCCCUUUACUCUGACCUCUGCCCCUGAGGAGGAUUUCUUCAGUGUGCACAUUCGCUCCAUGGGAGACUGGACCAGGGAACUUAUCGAUAAGGUGAAUGCAGCAGAAAAAGGAGUGCUAAUGCCAAGAAUUACAGUGGACGGCCCUUUUGGUACAGCUAGUGAGGAUGUUUUUGACUACGAGGUCAGCUUUUUGAUUGGUUGCGGUAUUGGGGUGACACCUUUUGCGUCUAUUCUGAAAUCCAUCUGGUACAAGUUCAAACAAAAUAAUGCAAAGUUACGCACAAAGAAGAUCUACUUUUACUGGCUCUGCCGAGAGACCCAUGCCUUUGAAUGGUUUGCUGACCUGCUUCACUCACUGGAGGAUGAGAUGGAGCAAAAACAGAUGCCUGAUUUCCUAAACUACAAACUUUUUCUCACUGGUUGGGAUCACAGUCAUGCAGCACAUGUAAUGGUUCACUUUGAUAAAGAGACUGAUAUUGUGACAGGACUGAAGCACAAGACACAAUAUGGGCGACCAAACUGGGACAAGGAAUUCACGGACAUCCGCAACGCACACCCAACGUCAGAUGUUGGUGUGUUCCUCUGUGGUCCACAGACCCUUGCUAAGACUCUAGAGAAGUGCUGUGUUCAGUAUUCUGAUGUCGACCCAAGAAAAGUGAAGUUUUACUUCAACAAGGAGAAUUUCUGAGAAUUGGUUUAAUCAGUAAUGUCUUACAAAGAACACCUCCAUUCCCUCUGGCACCAAUGUGUUAGUGAGAGGGGUGAAGAGGUAUAAGUGCAAUUAUGAGGCCAUGUGGGCCCUGCUGCCCCACCACUGUGUGCACGCCAGCAAGUCCUACCAUACUGAUUCCAUGUCAUUUCACCUACAGCACUGGGCAAGAGCCAACAGGAAGUGCUGUCAUUUCAGAUUAAUUUAUUAGCCAGACAUGUAGGAAACAUCUGUGAUGUAUACUUCAUUUUCCUGGUUAAAGAAAAUCUAUGUAUAUUAUGUUGUUGAA